UGUCCCGGUAUAAAAAGCCCCGUCGGGCUGCGCCGCCGCCAUUCUGAGGGCUGGUGGAGGUUUGGUUGGUCUUGAGAGACGCCGUCGCCUUUACCACGAGAGAAAAAAAAGCCAAUACAAACAAUACAAAAUACAAUACAAUACGCGAACAAAACAACAAAUACUAUAUAUACAACAAAGAGGGGAAGGAAAAAAACCAGGUUUUCUGUCCCCCUUUGCCGUGAAGAGCCGCCGCAGCCUCUCCGUCCUUUGGACCGUCCUUGGAAGCCGUUCCAAACCCGAAGGAAACUGCCACUUUAAAAAACAUACUUCCCUCUUCUUUCCCCCCAAAAAAACAAAGGCAAAACCCACUUUCUUUUUUUUUUUUUUUUUUUGACAAAAAAAAAACCCAAGCAACUUUUUUUAUUACUAUUUUUUUUUUUGGUUUCUAGCUGGACAAAUUUAGCUCGAUUCACUCCUUAGGGCUUCAAAAAAAAUAAGAAAAAAAAAUACAAGAAAAACAACAACCAAAAAAAAAAAAAAAAAACCCAAGGGAAAAAACGCUUUAAGCAACCAAAAUACCAGUCAAGCUGCAAAAAAAAAGUUGCUGCGUUUUUUUUAACGCCAUGAUUAAAAUCAAACGAAUUUUUUGGCUCUAACGCCACCUCCAAAUGCCAAAAUCCAAACCUUGAAGCGCUGUCGGCUGAGAAAAAAAAUUGGAUAGCUGUUCCUGCCAUGGGCUCCGGCCCCAUCGACCCCAAGGAGCUCCUCAAGGGCCUCGAUUGUUUCCUGGGCCGGGAUGGGGAGGUCAAAACCAUGGAUGGCAUCUCCAAAAUAUUCAGCCUGAUGAAGGACUCCCAGAAGAUGGUGAGUCGCUGCAUUUACCUGAACAUCCUCCUGCAGACCCGGGCCCCGGACAUCCUGAACAAGUUCAUCCGGAUCGGAGGGUACAAGCUGCUCAACACGUGGCUGACGGGCUCCAAGGCCGCCAACAACGUCCCCUUCCUGCAGCAGCUGCUGCUCACGCUGCAGCACCUCCCGCUCACCGUCGACCACCUCAAGCAGAACAACACGGCCAAGCUGGUGAAACAGCUCAGCAAGUCCAGCGAUGAUGAGGAGCUUCGGCGCCUGGCCUCCAUCCUGGUCAGCGACUGGAUGGGGGUGAUCCGCUCCCAGAGCAGCUCUCAACCCACAGAACGGGAUAAAAAGAAGAGGAAAGAGGAAAACAAAAGCAAAACCCCCGUGCCGGAGAAGCCUCAGGAGGCCAAAAAUGAGGCCAAAAACGAGGAAAUGCCCGAAAAAAAACGGGAAAAACCCAAAUCCCUGCGGACCACGGCCCCCAGCCACGCCAAGUUCCGCUCCACAGGGUUGGAGCUGGAGAUGCCGUCGCUGGCGCCGGUGAAGAAACCGAACUCAUCCUCGUCCGACAAAUACAGCCUGAAACCCGUCCCGGUCAAGAGGCAGAGCGCCCCGACAGCCCCCGGGGAGGCUCCUCUGGCCGAGAAGAAAUACAAACCCCUCAACACGGCCCCAAACGCGGCCAAGGAGAUCAAAGUGAAGAUCAUCCCCCCGCAGCCCAUGGAAGGCCUCGGGUUCCUGGACGCCCUGAACUCGGCGCCCGUCCCCGGCAUCAAGAUCAAGAAGAAGAAGAAAGUUCUGUCCCCGACAGCAGCCAAGCCCAGCCCCUUCGAGGGGAAGCCGGCACCGGAGCCCAGCACGGCCAAACCCUCGUCCCCGGAGCCGGCGGCCGCAGAGCCCAUGGACACGGAUCGGCCGGGGACGCCCGUGCCCGCCAUCGAGGUGCCCGAGCCCAUGGACACAGGCUCCUCAGACACGGGCGGUGACCCCAAGGCCGCCGACGUCCCCUCGGAGGGCGGCCCGGCCCCGCGCAGGGCCCGCAAGAAGAAAUCGGUGUCGUGGCCCGAGGAGGGGCGGCUGCGCGAGUACUUCUACUUCGAGCUCGACGAGACGGAGCGGGUGAACGUGAACAAGAUCAAGGACUUUGGCGAGGCGGCCAAGCGGGAGAUGCUGAAGGACCGGCACGCCUUCGAGACGGCGCGGCGCCUCAGCCACGACUCCAUGGAGGAGAAGGUGCCCUGGGCCUACCCCAAGGCCUUGGAGCUGCCGGCGCCGCUCGUCAUCCCCGGCAGCGGCAGCCGCGAGCGCUUCACGCAGGCCGAGCGUGUCAAGGGCAUCCUGCAGGAGAUCUUCCUCUCCAAGGAGAG